CGAGAGGAGAGGAGCCAACGUUUGAGACGCGCAGACGGUCUUUGCGUCUGAUGUUGUGGAGUCUAUUUGGUGGAAACCUGUGGCGUUGUUCAGAGGGAUUAAGGAGAACCCUGAGUUAGUAGCGGGGGGAACAACGGAUUCUCUGCUGGGAUAAAGAAGAGAAGAAGAAGCAAGCGGAGUCAAGAAGGAGACGUGGGAGACAAGGCAGACAGUCAAGGCAUGGGGUCGGACUAUCCUUCCUCCCGCCGGACCGCGGGCGACUCUGGGAGUUCUAGGAGCCCCACACACACACGCUGCAGCUGCAGCAACGGCAGCGGCAGCAGCAGGAGAGUCAGGGGUGUCCGCUGCUCCCCGUUCCUCCAUCCCCGGACCCUGUUCCUGGUCCCCCUGCUGCUGCUGCUGUCCCUGCCCCUGUGGAGCCAGCAGGCCGAGGCCGUGGUGCACUCCAGCUUCAAGCGGCUCAGCGGCCGGGAGAAGAAGGAGAUGCAGAAGGAGAUCCUGUCCGUCCUGGGCCUGCCGGGGAGACCCAGGCCCCACCCCCCUCUCCGGCCGCCCUCCUCGGCCCCCCUGUUCAUGCUGGACCUGUACCACGCCGUGUCGGCCGAGGGCGAGGAGCAGGGGAACGACAUCCUGGGUAAUAACGGAGUGAGGAUGGGCGUGGCCGAUGGGCGGGGUCACGUGAUCCACGGCGUGCUGCCGACCCUCAGCACGCACACGCCGCCGCUGGGGACGGUGAUCAGCGAGGCGGACACCGUGAUGAGCUUCGUCAACCUGGUGGAGCAGGAGAGGGAUCUGCUGCAGCCCCGGCCCUACUGGAAGGAGUUCCGCUUCGACCUCACCCCCCUCCCGCAGGGGGAGACGGUGACCGCCGCAGAGUUCCGUAUCUACAAGACCCUGACGAUGGGCCAGCGGGCUAACCGCACCCUCCAUAUCUCCGUCUACGAGAUCCAGCGAGACAACAGACACAGAGAGCCUGAACUGGUUCUGCUGGACAUCCAGUCUGUCCCUGCUGGCCAGGAAGGUUGGCUGGCCUUUGACGUCACCUCCGCCUCCAACCGCUGGCUCCUCCACCCGCGCAGUAACCUGGGGAUACGGCUCUACGUGGAGACAGAGGAAGAUCGCUCCCUGUCCGCUGGCUGGAUCGGUUUGGUUGGGCGCCGGGGCCCUCGUUCCAAGCAGCCCUUCAUGGUGACGUUCUUCAGGGCCAGCCAGAUUCCCUGCCGCCCACCGCGCGCCGUCAAACCAAACCCCCGCAAGAAGAAACACAAAUACGACCUGCCCGUCCCCAGCAUACAUGAUCACAGUCACGCCAACAGUGGGCGCCAGGCGUGCAGAAAACACGAACUCUACGUCAGCUUCAGUGACCUCGGCUGGAAGGACUGGGUGUUGGCCCCUACGGGCUACUCUGCCUACUACUGUGAUGGGGAAUGUCUUUACCCUCUGGGCUCCUGCAUGAACGCGACCAACCACGCCCUCAUCCAACAAGUGGUGCAUCUGUUAAAGCCAGAGGAGGUGCCCAAGGCGUGCUGCGCACCCACCAAACUGAGUCCCAUCUCGGUGCUCUUCUACGACGAACACAACAACGUCAUCCUCAAGAAGCACCGCAACAUGGUGGUCAAGACCUGCGGAUGUCUAUGAUACAUCAUCCCCUCCCCCCAGGCCCCAGUAGCAGGAGUGUUAGGUAUAUGUUCUUAAGGUUGUUGUACGAGCUGAAAUGAGGUGGAAUGAUUUAUAAUGGCAAUUAUAAGGAAACCCAUUUAGGCUCUGAAGCGCUUAACCGGUGGAGGGGAAACAAUUAAGUUAGAAUCCUUUGGCAUUGAAAAAGCCACAUGGCGUAGGUUUAAAUCGAAUCAGUACUUAUUUUGACUAUAAAAUUCAUUGAGUAGGAUAACUGGAUCCAUGAACAUGAUGUAUAAGCAGCUGGAUAAUGGCAUAAUAUCCACGCAAUCUCAGUAAUCUUUGAUUACAGGGUAGGAUAGGAUCAAUCAAGUGUUAUUGCAAUCCUAAAAAUCUCAUUAACACGCGCACUCUAUCUGAUCCAGAUGUUUCUCUUGUGACCAUCUGGAAAGAUUGAAUCGCAUCUCUAGGGUCAAAGGUCAGAUCGUCAGUUUGUUUGAUCAUCGUGUUUAUAAAGAGUGGUACUGCAUGCUUAGCAUAGCUGCCUUGAAGAUUUAUAUAGGAUAUGUGCUGCUAUGUUUUCCUAAACUGAUUUAGUUCAUCGAAAGAUAUUGCCCUUAAGCUAGAGUGGACCGUUUAACACUGUACUGUGUGAUGAAACAAGAUACAAGUUUGUGUGUUCAAGUCUACCCUCAAAGCUAUCCAAUUCCAGUUUUAAGUCGAAGUAAGACUUCCUCCAUUUGCUUUUUAAAGCCACCAUGAUUUCACUGAAUAUUCUGGGGACCUCCCAGAUUUUAUUUGAUAUAUAAUUUUGUCUUAAUAUUAUCAUAUUGUUUCAGAGUAGGGGAGCCUUCAACAUCAAUUUUGUCAUAAUACUGUAAAUAUAAGGCCGUAUACAGAUACUUUAGUUACAGGAAUAGACCAUAUUUGUACUGUUUUAAGUUUUUGCACAUAUUUUGUACAUUUCACUCAGAUUAACUUGAUAUACAUGGUAGCAUAUGACAUUUGAUUUCAGAACUUCCUUCCCAUUAAUUAAUACCUUCCACAUUAAAUGAGGGGUUUGAAUACAACAGUGUCAACAUAUACCCCUUUGACUUUAACAUUGCCUUUUUUAAAUGUCAUAAUCAACCUCGAAAUGGUGAUCAGCAGUCAGAAGUCAUAUUACAAAAGGUGCUUUGAUAAAUAAAGCGUUGUAGUGUUACUUUAAAUACAUUGCCGUUUAUUGAAAAGGUUAAAAAGCAAAACAUACAUCAGCAGUCGUAACUAAUUAGUUAGCCUUUUAUACUUCAAUUGCAUGAUGCUGCGCAAGUUUGAAUCUUUAUAUCUAGAUAGAUAUAUAAAAAAAACUAGACCGCUACAACGUCUUGGCCUUUGCCUGAAAUGUCAUCCGAACUGUUCAGUUCACGGCAGUGAAUUCAAAUUAGUUGAAAGUGAUUAAGAGACCACAAGAGAGCAAGUAUCAGGAGGUAUACGUGCAUAGUUCUGGAACCAAUGGAAUUAUUUUCCUUAAAAAUGGAAUCCUGAAUGCGGCGCAUGUCACCCUUACAUUCUAUUCCCAAGUCUUGCACCAUGGGCCUCAUUCACCUAAAGGCCAGAACAAAGUUGGCCAGUAGUAGAAUGAGGCCAGUUAGAACAACGUAACCUCAGUGCAUGGGGAUAGGGUGGGCAGCAGGGGUUGCAUGACACAGGGUGUCUUAGCAUUGCAACAGUGAGGCAUGGAUGAACAACACCCAAUACACUCAAGGUCACUAGGUACUGUUGGUCGAGGCAUGACCAAGAGGAAAGAAGCAAAUCGGAACCAGAGCCAUUUUUUUUGCGUUGUUUGGCCUGGAAAGCCUUGGUCCCAAAAAGCUAAAAACGUUCAAACAUGUUCUUUGUUUUAUCCACAACUUGUAUUUAAUCGUUCAAAAAAAAGCACAAUGAAUUUAGCUAGUGGUUUGCUGUGCAAGUCCAGGUUAUUGAUGCAGGAUAAAUGACAAUGGUCAUAGCCAUUCAAACACAAACAUGACACAUGUCCGUAAUGAUGCGUUUUGGCCUGACCGAAAUAUAUUUUAAAGGGGGUGUGGCGGCUGUUUGCUUUGUGGUCGGUCAUUAGCAGUUUCAGACAAAAGCAACCGUUCUGUUCGUUAUGGAACAUUAUGGGACACAAAGCAGAUAAGCUGUUUUGCUCAAAAGACAAAUAAAAAAAUAACAGAUGCUGGUUUACUCAGUGUUCUUUUCCCAACAUGCACAGACACACAACAUAGGCAUCAUCACCGCCGAAUAAAGCCAUUCUGUCCAUGAUAUUAACAAACACCGGGGUCCCAGAAGUCACCGUUGGGGGAUCUUGUUUUUCCUUCAAGUCAUCGUCAUUGUGUAUCUGUAAGGAUAAAAACAACUGAUCAAUUUAAAUAUCCCUCAGGGAGCAUUUCGUACGAGAGGGAAGGAGGCAUAGAUGUCCACGUUGCAGUAAAAUAUACAACCAGCUGGGCCAAGAUAAGCGCCAGUAGCUGCAGUUUGUUCCAUAAAUGCAAGGGGCCGGUGUCUCUCUUACCCAUCACUCGGGCAGGGGACUCCAGCCUGCUGCUCUCCUAUGCCUUGACGUCCACAAGCUCUGGAGGCAUGGGUGACUUGGGGUGUUUGCUCUCAAAAUGCUGCUUGAAGGUCUUGGGGUCUGGCAUCAUUGUCUGGAGGGAGAACACCAGGCGAAAUGUGAUUCACCACACAGAGAACCAUUUUAUCAUGUUGAUGAAUGGGUUAUAUACCACUGAAUCCCUCCGGGUCCGGUACAAGCCCAAAGUGCGCAUUAUAUUGACCACCCAGAUAGAUUUGCAUGGUGAUCACGGAUACUUAAAGAAGGUGCCUUAAAGCGAGUCUUAACAGAUUUGACUGUAUUUUGUCCCAACCAAUGCUGGGAUAAAUCACGUGCAAUCAUCAAUAACUAGCAUGAACAACAACAUUUUAAUAUUAUAAGGAGUGACUUCUAGAUAAGAAAUAGAGACAAACCCACUAUGAAAAAGUAGUAGUAAAAAAAAAACUAGCCAGCACUUGCCGCUAUAAAACUCACCCUGCAGACAGGGCAGGUGUGGACCAGAGCUGCCAUUGCUGAUGACUUCUGCUCAGCCAAACCACCCUUCUUUUUAUCUGAAGCCUUCUUGGCGUUCUUCUGCUGGGACUGGAUCUUCUGCUGCCCUCGAGCCAUGAUCCUAGCUAUGAUGGAAGAAGCAUAGUGAGAUUACAGACCUUUCAAGACCUUGAAUAUCAAUAUAUUAACAGAAUACCAGUCACAUGGGAGUGUAAUUGGUACGAAUUCAUAUUUAUUUGGGAUUGAAUUUAGAGAAGCACUGGAAAAAAUAUAUAACCCUUUCUAAUAAGAUAUGAUACGUCUUCGGUGGCUAGGUACUACGGAGUUGACCUGAUCACACACAUGUUUGUUGACUCAGGAAUAGC